AUGAACUCAUCAAACCACCAUCAUCAAUCUCGCAGAACGCACAGAAAGCGUUCCUCAGUUUCAAGACUGUCGUACGACACAGUACAGACUCUCCCAGAGUACUCAGCUCCGCUCAAUCUGAGUAAACUAUCCAAUUCAGUAUUCUUCGCGGGAAACGAGUUUGAUAGACCGCCUGACUACCCUGAUAGCCAGGAGGACGCAGACGCAGACACGGAGGAAGAGGCUGUGGCCUACGCUCCACAACGUUUUCAGCUCAUUCCGCCCCGACGCACGGCACCGCACACACGCAGACGCAAACGCCAGCCAGUCCCUGUGUCAACCGUCGACCCAUCCCUCGACGCGCUGCUUGAGCGCAGUGUGCAUGCACUUGAGAUGUCGAAUGCGCUCAUGCAGAGCUCAAUCUCCACUCAAUGCAGCCUUUCGACGUUGCUUUCAUCCGAGGUCGGGCCGGAUCGUUCUCUCGAAGUUCGUGCGAGGAACCUCUCAACGCGAAUCAGAUUGAACAGCGGUGUGCAUGGGACAUGGAUGACACAUCUGGAUGAGAUAUCGAAAGCUGUGGAUAGGUUGUUUGACGAGGAGGUUAUAGACAUCAGUCCGGUCGAGCCGAACGAAGCCGCGAUUAGUCAGAGUCUCCCCAUAUCAAAUAUGAGGGAUUUGCGGUACAGGAGGAGGCCGUCACUACUGGAGCUCAACGGCUCAUGCUCAAGCGCUUCACAACUUCAAUUUUCGCUCCCGAAACGUGAUUUGCUCGUCGCACCUGCUCCUAGAGCAUUCACUCAGUAUGUCGAAUCAACAGCUGAUCCAGGCAUGAUAAUGCUGCCAUCCACCCUGGGGUUACGGGCCUCUGCUUCAUCGCACUCGGCCGAUUGGCAGGAUCACAGCUUUGUCGCACAGCACGAGCUACAGUCCUCACAGUCAUUACCUGUAUUAUUGGGACAGCCUCAGGAUGUUCCCACCCCAGCAUACAAUCUCCUUUCCAAUAUAGUGAAGCGUUCAGAGUCAGCCACACCUCCACCAACUGAUCCAUCGUCCCCUCGUGCCUUCAUAUCACGAUGUGGUUCAACGAGUACAUGCAGCACUGAACGCGGAUCGAAGCUGUCUAUGUCCCCUUGCUCAGUACGUAGGAAACAAAUGUCUCCUGAUCGCAAUCGCAAGCCAGAGUGUGCAUCCCUAGCUUGCUCCACGACGCCUAGACAAUCCGUAGCCCCUCUUUCCCGCAUAAUGACCCCACCCAUCGAGGAGCUUUCUACUUCUUCAUCAGAUUCAUCAGACCACCCUACUGGCUACCGCACCGUUCAAUCCCUCCGCAAAAUCCUUGAUGAACAAUCAUCCUCCACCUCCAUCAACUCUCCCCCUCGAAAAGAUCCCAAAAAAAGUCGGUCGCCCAAUUUCAUGCCUGUCACUCCCGCCCCCGCCCCCGUUGCUGGCACGUCCACUGCCACUGCCUCUAUAUCCCGCCUCUUCACGAAAGGCAGACAUUCAUCCUCUACGCGUCCCCCUUCCCCACCUACACAUUCCUCCCUGAAAGUGCCAUCUGUGCCUCCGACACCUCGUUCAUCGCCAAGUGCAGGCAGCCUGUCGGAACUGUUUGGAAACGGUGUGGCCAAAGUUCUCGGGAGUGAUUGUCCCUCAGGCGUGUCGACGCCCAAGCGCAUCAGUUUUGCGGAGCUCCCAGAGUCAUAUGCAAGCUCACGUGCAGGGUCUUCGAAAAUCUCGGAAAAGCGGAAGAACCGAAGCAGAAAACGCAGGGGGAAAUACGAAGAAGAGGGUGAGACACUUGGGUGGUUUGGGAGGUUGUUCACUGUGGGGCCUGGGGGCACGAGCUCUGCACGGAUCGAUGAUCAUAUGGAGGAACGCAUGUCACGAGGGUGGGGAAGUCGACCUGGUGGUGGGACGUUAGAUGAUUGGGCGGUAUAG